GGCGGGGGGGCCGUGUCUGUGUGUGUGUGUGUCUGUCUGUCUGUGUGUGUGUGUGUGAGGGCGGUGAGUGCGUGGCCGCCGGGCGCCGCCGCCGCCGCGAGGUGCGCGGCGAGCCCCGCGUUCGCCAUUACGAGUUGAGCACACGCUUGCGAGAGCCGGGGCUGCCGCCGGCGCGGAUCGCCCGCGGGUGCGGCGCGCAGUGUAAAUAAAGCCCUGCCUCUCGCCCCGCCGGCUGCCGCCGCCGCCGCGGAGUGCUUUUGCUCCGCGUUUUGCUGGCAGGAGCGUGUAACCCAGGUGAAGGCAGAGAAGGGAGGGUUGUUUUUAUGAAUGGGACUCUUUGAGGUUAAUUAGGCUGAUUGGAGUCCAGAUCCCGAGGAAAUCUCCCGAUCAAAUGCACAGUAAAUAAAAACACUGAGCUAAGACUCGUGGAAGAGCUGCAGAAUGGAUGGAUUUUAUGACCAGCAAGUGCCUUACAUGGUCACCAAUAAUCCGCGUGGGAGAAACUGUAAUGAGAGACCGACAAAUGUCAGGAAAAGAAAAUUCAUUAACAGAGACCUGGCUCAUGAUUCAGAAGAACUCUUUCAAGAUCUGAGCCAAUUACAGGAGACAUGGCUUGCAGAAGCUCAGGUACCUGACAAUGAUGAGCAGUUUGUGCCAGACUAUCAGGCUGAAAGUUUGGCUUUUCAUGGUCUCCCUGUGAAAAUCAAGAAGGAACCCCAUAGCCCAUGUUCGGAACUUGGCUCCGCUUGCAGUCAAGAGCAACCAUUCAAGUUCAGUUAUGGGGAAAAGUGCCUGUACAAUGUCAGUGCCUAUGAUCAGAAACCACAAGUGGGAAUGAGGCCCUCCAACCCACCGACGCCAUCCAGCACUCCCGUGUCACCGCUGCACCAUGCCUCCCCAAACUCCGCUCAGACUCCUAAACCUGACCGGGUUUUCCCUACCCACCUCCCUCCAUCCCAGUCCAUUCAAGACAACAGCUUCCCUAUGGAUCACAGAUUUCGCCGCCAGCUCUCUGAACCUUGCAAUUCUUUCCCACCUUUGCCUGCAAUGCCAAGGGAAGGACGUCCAAUAUAUCAGCGCCAGAUGUCUGAACCAAACAUCCCUUUCCCGCCUCAAGGUUUUAAGCAGGAGUACCACGAUCCAGUUUAUGAACACAACGCUAUGGUUGGCAGUGCUGCCAGUCAAAAUUUCCCCCCUCCUCUGAUGAUUAAACAGGAACCUAGGGAUUUUGCAUAUGAUUCAGAAGUGCCUAGCUGCCAUUCCAUUUACAUGAGGCAAGAAGGCUUCCUGGCUCACCCAAACAGAACAGAAGGCUGCAUGUAUGAAAAGGGACCUAGGCAGUUUUAUGAUGACACUUGCGUUGUUCCAGAGAAGUUUGACGGAGAUGUCAAACAGGAGCCAGGCAUGUAUCGCGAAGGACCCACGUAUCAACGGCGAGGCUCGCUUCAGCUCUGGCAGUUCUUGGUAGCUCUUCUUGAUGACCCGUCAAACUCUCACUUCAUAGCAUGGACUGGCCGAGGCAUGGAGUUCAAGCUGAUUGAGCCAGAGGAGGUGGCACGUCGCUGGGGGAUUCAGAAAAACAGGCCAGCUAUGAACUAUGAUAAACUUAGCCGAUCGCUUCGCUAUUAUUAUGAAAAGGGAAUCAUGCAAAAGGUGGCUGGAGAAAGAUACGUCUACAAGUUUGUUUGUGACCCUGAAGCGCUUUUCUCCAUGGCUUUUCCCGACAACCAGCGCCCCUUACUGAAGACUGACAUGGAGCGCCAUAUCAAUGAGGAGGACACUGUGCCUCUGUCCCACUUUGAUGAGAGCAUGGUCUACAUGCAGGACGGAGGCUGCUGCAACACCCACCCCUAUAACGAAGGCUAUGUCUAUUAACAACAGUGACACUGAAGGGGUGUUUCCCCCUCCCUCAAGCUUCUCCUCUUUCCCAAGACCCGGAGGAAAGCUGAAUCGACUUCAGUUUGUUUUUUAAAUAGUACACUAAAAAGGGGCUUUUCCUGUUGCAUUACUCCUAUGGUCUGCCAUGGACAGCGCACUUUAUUUGAAAGGGGAGGGUUGGAACCUAAAUGUUAUUCUGUGUAAAAGGAGGAAAAGGGUGGGUUUGCUUUUUACUUAAGUUUGGGAAGGGAACAUACAGGUUUUAAGUACAAAAAAAGCUAUAUCAUGUCUGUUUUGUUUCAUAUCAGCAUAAGAUAUUGUACAUUUUCUCUGGGUAUCCGUAGUACAGUUAAUUCUCAUUGUGCAAAAUAACCACUUUUGAUGAUGAUAUCAGCACAGCAUGCCUAAGGCAUUUGUUUCUUGCCAUUCCUAAUUGUCUUUCUGCAGUAAUAAAAGAGAAGCAAAGAAUAUACCACAGCAUUUAAUUUAGAAGUUUGCAGUGGCAGAACUUGUACCUUGCCUCUGUGAACAACCAGAUAGUUUUCCUAUUUUUUUUUCAUUUUUUUCUUUCUUUUUCUUUUUUUUUUUUUGUGUGGUUUUUUUUUUUUUGUUUGUUUGUUUGUUUUUGUUUGGGGUUUUUUUUGUGCAUGACUUCAAAAAAAAUCCUAUUUAAUGACAGACUGGCCAUAAGUACAGUGACCAAGCAGUGAAAUCCUUGACUUCAGACUGUAGGCUGCAUGCUGUAUCUGGUGCCACAUUGCUAUACAUAUAUGGCCCAUGCUAUGGUGUUGAUUUUUCAAGAUCCAUUUGAGCGUAGUAAUUACAUGGAGUAGGCUUUCUGAUGAUCAUGUCAGCAUUAAAUACAGCAUCAUGAUCAGGAGGGAGAAAACAUUUUGUAUCCUUCCAUUUCCUUUGGUACAUAAAUAAGUUAUUUAAUCAAUAGGAAUUAACUGUACUAAGUCACAUAUCUAAUUAUGCUGUUUAGACACAGCAAGCACUCCUUGAGAAAAAUAUCCAAUACACUAAAUAGGUACUUUAGUAAUUUUUAGACACGGUACCCAUUAAUAUGCAUUUAAACCUUUUACUGCUGUGUUAUGUUGAUAACAUAUAUAAAUACUAGAUAAUGCUAAUGCUUCUGCUGCUGUCUUUUUCUGUAAUAUUCUCUUUGAUGCUGAAUUUACUAUGACCAUUUAUAAGCAAUGCUGUAACUACAGGUAGCAUUUCAGGACAAAAUAGAUGACUUGAACCAUUUAUUGCUUAGAAAAUAGCUUACGCCAUAGCUGUGCUAUAAGCAGCUUUUAUGCGCAUCCACAAAUGACUAGUAAGCUUCAGCUUGCUAAGGAAAGCUCUGCAGAACCUUUUGUAAUUUUCGGUGGAACAGAGAUGAACUGUCAAAGAAUACCAUGAAGUUGCUGUAUGACGUUGUAGUGCUGGCACUGGUGUUACCAAUCAGUUUGUUUUGGACACUAAAUGUAAAUGUGAUUGGAUAUGCUUGGAAGACAAUUUAAAUUUUGAGGGGUUUUUUUUGGUUGUUUUGUUAUUUUUUCAAAUUGUUUUAUUUUUAGAGAGGGGUUACCUUGGACACAAACCACAACAUGAUAUUCUGUAUGUAAAACAAAAACAAAAAGCGGCAAACCCCUAAAAGUUUAAAAUAUUUAUGAGCACCUUUUUUGAAAUACAAUAAUUCAUAUGUUGAAGGGGUGGAGAGGGAGCUAAGAAUUGGAUUUAAUUUUUUGCCCAGUGAAAUUUAAAUAGUUGUUUAUUAAGUACCUCAUUUGCCUAGAUUGUCAAGAAGAGGGACAAAAAUAAAUAUAUAACCAUAAAAAGACAAGAAUAACUUUCGUCAUAAUGGAUGGAUUUCAAAGACAGUCCUAGGUGGUGGGUUAAUCUUCCAUCCUUUGUCAGUUAAGACACUACUUAAGUUAUGAAUAUUUUAAUACACAUUUAAUCAAAAGUAAAGAAGUAGUGGUCACUAGAAACCACAGGUGCAUAAAAAGCAUUUGGGCAGGUAUUUAAUUUACCCAGAUCCAUGAGACAACAUAUUUUAUGAUAUAUGCCUUAAUAUGCCACCUAAUUCUGUCAUUCAUAGAUCUCAAUGGCACUUAAAUACUUGGUGAUCAACUGAGAAAAAGAAGUCUAAAAUUGCAGAAUUAGCAAAAAGGAAAGGGAAAAUGUUCAGUAAUAUUGUUUAAAAAAAUGUGGUUUCCAUUGAAAUAAGGUUCAAAUGAAACAUGCUUUGAUGAAAAGUCCUUGGAUUGGUUUUGGUUCUUUAAUGUCAGCACAGAGCGCCUCUUGCCUGUGGCAGGAUGUGGGUAUCUGGGAAAGGGGUUGGAAAAAAAAAAAAAAGGAAAAAAAAAGAUUUACAAAUUGCAUCAAAUGUGUAAUAUUUAAGAAGAAAAAAAAAAUAUAUAUCUGUAUACGGUAGUGACUCACUGAACAAAACAAGCAGUUAGACAAACAUUACAUGAUCUCUCAGCAGAAGACAAAAAGGUCUUUCACUGAACUGAUUAACCCUUUUUAAAAUGUACCUAAGAGGUUUAUUUAAAGUCUAUUUUUAUUCCACUUUUUUGUUUGUUUGGGGUUGGAGGGUUUUUUUGUUUUGUUUUGUUUGGGGGUUUUCAGGUAGAAUAAUAAAUCUGGCAGCUGAUUUCUGCAAGAUUGUUGUGUAUUGGAUUCCUAAAAAUUUGGAUUGGAGAGGCCCCUGCAGAAAGGUUUAUCCUUUAGGGAGAGGAGAGGAUGGUCUGUCCCCAGUGCCUAGAAUGGCUUGCUUCAAAGGGUAACAAAAAUAAAUGAAAAAAAAAAAGAAAAAUGAAAAAAAAAGAACGGGGUAAAAAAAGGUGGUAAAUGUACAGUUCAUGUGUAUAUAUAUGAGUUAUAGCCAGGAGUUAGAUUACCAAAGCAUUGUAUUUGACUGGCAAAAGGGAGGAGGAUGGUCUAUGUAUGUCUUGGGAUUGAUUCCUACUAAGAACACUUGUACAUUUUCAGAGGACCUUUUAAUACCCUACUGGAUUUGAAUGUGGGAUGUCUGGGGCCGGGGUAAGGGGGCUGGGUUUUCCUUUGGUUGCUUUGGGGGUGUUUUGUUUUGUUUUCAAGCUGUGCUGCAAGUGGAGGGAAUAUGCAGCUUUCCUUUUUUAGUAGGAUCUGUAAUAGAAUGAGCUUGUCUCUGUUUGCUCGUCUGUCUCUGUGCUGGGCAGAGCAGUGGGGCAGACAGGGAAGAGCUGCUGUGAAGCAAAGUCAGGAGGCAUCGCUAGAAAGACCCAGCUCUGUGGAACAGCUGAAGGCACUCAGCUUUCAUGUGCCAUCGCAGAUCACUUGCACAAAUAGCUGAACACAGGUGAAGUUAGUGAAGGACUUAGCAGAUUCCCUCAGAAUCCAUUUGAGAGAGUUAACAUUGCAAGUUUAGGACAAUUUCUUUUUCUUUAGGGAUACAACUUCCGUGGCAAAGAGUCUGCCCUUUUCUCUCCAAGGUUACACCAGUCUAACUUUCUUACAUUAACAACCUUAACAUUACAUUCACUGAAAGAGCAAAUUUCAUCUGCUUCUCAGACCAAAUCUGCUUGCUCUCCUGACCGUGGUAUGGUGAGGUUAACAGGGGAAAGUGGGAAAAUCAUAAGCAUAAAUGCUUUUCCUAAGAAAAUCAUAAACAUAAAUCAUAAGCAUAAAUGCUUUUCCUAAGAAAUUCCCUGCAAAGAGCCCUUUGCUCAGAAUCUUUUAAUCUUUGGGAUUGUCUGCUAUAUGGGACUAUUCCCCAGGGAUUAAUGCUUAGAGUUUUAUUGCCCUUGACAUCUGACUGGGUUGAGCUUCAAGUCCAUUUUCACUGGACAAUAUCAUCUAUUAAAUAUUUUUGCCUUCUUUGUGGCUUUUUUUUUUUUGUUUUGUUUGGUUGGUUUUUAAUAGCAGGAAACAGAUCAAUGUGUACAAAAGGUAUUAUGAGGAAAUCUUUGAGUUGUUAAUGGCUCUACUUUCUCCUCUGAAGAGCAUUAGCUUCAGUUCAUGUAUUACAGGUAAUAGCACCCAUAAACAGCCCUAUUCAGUGCUCACAUUAAUAGUACUGAGGACUUUCCUAAAUAGUCUCCUUCAAAGAUUUUUUUGGGAGUCUUAAUUAAUAUGGUAUCUUAUACUCUAAGAAUCACCACUUUGGAAUACUCCUCUAACAUAAGAGCCUAGGAUCUAGUAAUAAGAGCCUAGGAAAUUAAUUUCUCAGUUCUCUGCUUAUCUGAGGGUUUUUCUGUUGUGUGUUUGAGUUUUUGGUUGUUGGUUUUUUGUGGGUUUUUGUUUUGUUUUUGUUGUGUGGUUUGUUUGUUUUUCUGAUUUUGUUGGUUUUAGUUUGGCUUUGUAUGAGAGGCUACUCUGCUUGGAAAGGAGGUAGCAGCUGAGAGCAGGUGCCUCUGCAUCAGAAACCCCAGUUCAAAGUCCACUGCAUUUUGCUAAGCUACCAGGCUGAGAACUAGAGUAUCUGCAAUACAGCACUGAGCCCUGCCCUCCCUGUGCUCUUGCAGAAGAGGGAACGACAGUGCACUGUCUGUUGUUUCUUCUGCUACAUGAGCAGUAAUCUCUGGAAGAGCAGCAGGAUGGAAAGCUGGGGGCAGUAGCAUUUUAAAAAUGCAGGAUUACCCAGAUCUGUCUGUCUGAAAUGCCAAAAAUGCAUCAGCCAAGUGCUGUCCCUUACCCCCCAGCUUUCAUGAUUGUAUAGGUAGGUAAAGUUAACUUCAGUCUGCAGGAGGUUGAAAUAUUGGUUUCCUCCCUGAACACCAAUUUAAUUUCUGUGAGAAGGAAAUAUCUGUGCCAUCUUCUUAUGUAAUAGUCUGAAAAUGUCUAUGAAGUGUCUUGUUGACAUUUUCCCAAAGAACUUUUUUUCUGUGUGAAAAUGCCACAACACGCAUCACCAAAAGAAAGGGUGAAUAAACUCCAAGAAGUUAUCCAUACAUCAGGCUCUCCAAAGCUAUAGUAGUAUUUACUCUAGCAAUGUAUCAUGUCUUUAAUACUGCUAUAUUGUCCUUAUUACAUAGUUUCAUUGGGCUGACCUCAAAAAUACUCAGUGUACCUUGAAAUUUUGUUCGUUUUAAAUGAGCUUUUAAAUGAGUUACAGGAAGGUAACCCUGAGGCAGGGUUACAAUCAAGCAUUUGGAUCUGGUAAGCCAUAACUCUUUGUCUUUGCUCUUACAAAGCUCUGUGGGCAUGUAUGCCCAUAUAAAUGCUUUUUAGUUCUGUGGCAGAUAGGAAAUUACAGCCACUGCCUAGAUUUGGGGGGUGAGGGUGGUUUGGUAGUUUUUGAGUAUCUACAACUGGCUUUGUUUCAGAAGGAAUGUCUAUAUGUAUUACUUUCCACAGUUACUUUCCAAGUAACCAGGUAGAGAAUUGGUGUCCAAAAGAGCAUUUUUGCUGUGUAAUUUACAGUAGAGGCUAUGGUAUUUCCUUGCUGCUUUCCUAGAAAGGAAAGAGUUGAGACUUCACCAUUUUCUUUUCCACUCCCUUCAGAGACAGGACCCAGCUGAUCUAUCUGAGGAUAGUUUAAGUCAAUUCUUCAAUUACCCAUAGUAUUUUAGUGAGCAAUCAGUACAGUGGCACUUUAUAGAAGCUCAGGUGCAGAGUGUUGAGUAUUUUAGAUGUACUGCUUUCUAUGGUAUCUUUCUAUGGUGGCUUUCAGUCAAAAUCUUGCAUGGGCAGUGGCAUAUGGCUAUGCCACCUAAAUAGAGGCAGAGAGAGAUUUUUUGUAGAGGCACCAGCUCCCCAGCUUGAGACAUUUGCUGAAAUCUGCAGUUUAGGCUGAUUCCUGGCCAGCCAGAGUGAGUCUGCCGUGGAAGAUCUGACAAGGAACUCAGUGUGUAUGCAGAAGACCAGAGAGAGCACAAUCCCAGCCUGCUUGAGUGAGGAAGCACAGAGAUGGGGAAAAGUCUGUCAGGGGCAAUCUGGCUCUACCAAGUGGCUACUCCAGAGCUGAUUAGUACAGGAAGAAGGAGGUUAUAUGACCGAUACAGUAAAUCACAAAGAUAAUUAUUUGAAUGACAUGCUGCAGGAGAAUCAUAAGAAAUUAUGGAAAGUAAUAAACUCUGUAAACAGCAGUGAUUUUUUAAGACCCUGGUGCUUGUGGGAGUGCUUCAGGAAAGGGAAGAGAGAAAGUAAAACACAGAAAGGGAUAAUAUUAGAUGAGAACAACCGGAGUCAAACCAUGAACUGCAUUAAGGGACUUGGAAGAUUGCAGUGUUUUAGAUAAAAGGAAGGGACUAAGAUAAGUGCGGAGUCAGUACACUGAGAUAAGAGCAAGAGAGAAAAGGUAAUUGGAGGCAGUGCACUUUGUGGUCAGUGGGCCAAAUGUGUUAGGCUCAGAGCUGCUCUGGGGAUGUGUAUGGCCCUGGUAGCAUAUCACCAAGGACAAGAAUAUCAGCUCUGACUUUGGAGCGAUUGUUGAUUAUUUAGUAAAAUCAUCUGUACAGUGUUUGGUAGUUGUUAAAAACAAGAUACUGGAAUAUGCAGAGAGUGUUUGGGGCUGUAAAUGUAAUGUCUUUUUCAUCCCACUAUACUAAAAAAACCCAACAAAAUCCACAAACACAAAAUAAGAAAGAAUACCUUUCAGGAUAAUGGGGCAGAUUGUGGGUUGGUAUAACUCAGCUUGGUUUCCUUGAAAUCAGCUAUGUAGCUUUAUGUUAACAGAGGCUAUAGCUUGUAUUUGGUAAUGUGUAUGCCUGUCUAGCAUAGAAUAUACACAGGAUUUUUUUAUUUGUUGCAUUAUUCAGAAAGAUAUACAAAUGAUGAAGACCUGGGGCAUAGCAUGAGACCAACAAUAAAACAUGAAAUUCAACAAAA